CUCCCGGAUAAGCUCAUUCCCAGUUUGGUGAAAUAUUAUUAUUCCUGGAAAAAAACCCGAUCCCGCACCAGCGUCAUGGACCGCCAGGCUCGGCGCCUGCUGGGCCGCCGGGACCGCGAUGACAGAGCAGGGGAUGCGGCGGGACGUACCAACCCCAAUUGCGGGGGGGGUUUGGGGGUUCACCCACCAUCCCACAAAACGGGGGCGCCCCGAAAAGAACCCCAAUACCGGCACCACCCCCCGGCCCGGCAGCGGCGCCGCCCCCCCCGCGGGAUGCGCCUGAGCCGCGACGACGUGGCCGAGGUGACGGCGAACCCCGACCUGGGAGCGCGGGCCCUGCGCCAGCUCGACUGCCAGCUGGUGGCCCUCAAACGCCAGGUGCAGCGCAUCAAACAGAUCAACAGCGGCCUCAGGCAGGCGCUGGACGGGGGUUUGGAGGGGCUGCGGCCGCCUGAG